GAUGGCGCUGUCCACGUCGAGACUAUGCCGUGCUGCGUGCAGAUAUGCCAGAGUGUCUACUAAGGCAUCGUACUGCACAUCCACAACACCCAAAAUCACUACACACUACACAGUCGUCCCAAGGGAAAAAGAUGAAAGAUGGAAAGAUGUGGAGAUGGAACGUUACGCUGAUGAGGCUGAUGUUGUGAUCGUAGGAGGCGGCCCAGCCGGGAUGGCCGCUGCCAUCAAACUCAAACAACUGAGUCUAGAAAAAGGAACUGAACUCAGGGUGUGUCUGGUGGAGAAGGCUGCUGAAAUAGGUGGUCACACACUCUCUGGAGCGUGCGUUGAGCCCCGGGUAUUUGAUGAGCUUAUACCUGACUGGAAGGAGAAAGGCUUGCCCCUUCUCACCCCUGUAAAGGAGGACAAAUUUGGGAUCCUGACGGAGAAGGGACGAAUUCCAAUUCCAAUUUUUAAAGGGCUUCCAAUGUACAACCAUGGCAAUUACAUUGUGAGGUUGGGUAACGUUGUACGCUGGCUCGGUGAAUACGCAGAAGAGCUGGGAGUUGAGAUAUAUCCUGGCUACCCAGCAAGUGAGAUUCUGUAUCAUGAAGAUGGAAGUGUUAAAGGCAUAGCAACCAGCGAUGUGGGAAUUGCAAAGGAUGGCUCACCAAAGGACACAUUUGAGAGAGGAAUGGAGCUCCAUGCAAAAUGUACAAUCUUCGCCGAGGGAUGCCAUGGUCAUCUAGGCAAGGAACUGUACAAGAAGUUUGACCUCAGGAAGGACUGUCAACCACAGACAUACGCCAUCGGUCUGAAAGAGGUAUGGGAAGUUGAUCCAAGCCAGCACCAUCCAGGGCGAGUGGAACACACCGUGGGUUGGCCACUGAAACUUGACACAUACGGUGGCUCAUUCCUCUACCACUUGGAUGAGGGCUCCCCAACAGUUGUCGUUGGGUUUGUCGUUUGUCUAGAUUACAAAAACCCAUACAUCAGUCCAUUCAAAGAGCUACAGAGAUUCAAGCAGCAUCCGUCCAUCAGGCCCACGUUUGCAGGAGGCACAAGGAUAGCUUAUGGUGCAAGGGCCCUCAAUGAGGGCGGUGUACAGUCCAUUCCGAAGCUAGCUUUCCCCGGAGGCAUGUUAAUUGGAUGCAGCCCGGGCUUCAUGAACGUGCCUAAGCUUAAAGGUACCCAUAAUGCCAUGAAAAGCGGCAUGAUCGCAGCGGAGACGCUGUUUGAAAAGCUCACUCAGGAAAAUCCCUCGUCGGAAACAGCAGGGUUAUACAUUGAAGACUAUGAGCCCAAGCUGAAGGAUAGUUGGUUGUGGAAGGAGCUGUACUCAAUAAGAAACAUCAGACCAGCGUUCUAUAAUCCUCUAGGAGUCUACGGGUCUAUGCUGUAUGCGGGCAUCUUUUACCUCCUAGGAAGAGGGAAGGAACCAUGGACACUGAAGCAUCAUGGUAAGGACAACGAGUAUUUAAAACCAGCGGCGGAGUGUACCCCCAUCGAGUACCCCAAGCCAGACAAUGAGGUGAGCUUUGACCUCCUCAGCUCCGUGGCUCUCAGCGGGACCAAUCACGAGAGCGAUCAGCCGGCCCAUCUCACACUGCUGGACGACUCUGUUCCUGUCAACCAUAACCUGAGUCUGUACGAUGGACCAGAAGGAAGGUUUUGCCCUGCUGGUGUCUAUGAAUACGUUCCCAAAGAGGAAGGAGAAGGGAUGAGACUACAAAUCAAUGCAGCCAACUGCGUCCACUGCAAAACCUGCGACAUCAAAGACCCCACCCAAAACAUCAACUGGGUUGUACCUGAAGCCGGUGGUGGCCCAGCCUAUAGUGGCAUGUAACGACUGGUUACUGGUGGCCUAGCAUACUGUGGAAUGUAAUGACUGGCUACUAGUGGCCUAGCAUACUGUGGAAAAUAUCUUUCACUGAAGGGGGAGGGGGGUGGGGGCAUUGGUUGCUAAGCCAAUAUUGCAAUAAUUAGAACAGUUGCUGGCCAUUAACCCUUGGAGCAGCUGCGAGGGAAAUACAUUUAUGACCCACUGGGCGCGCUCGGAAGGCAGAUUGUAUUUACGGGUUAAUGACUAUGUUUGGAGGGCACAAUUCUGGUUCUAACGUUCUGAACAGAGUUAUGGAUGUUCCCUGGACCCAUUGAAGCAGUCUGAAAAUUUACACAUUGGUUCACUACUGAAAGGCUAAUUCAAAGGAUUAAGUUUUUGAGCACACAUAAGAAUUUUGUGUGUACACUAAUUCGGGUCCAUUUUGACUAAUCUGCCAGUCCACACUAUUUUGUCAACCUCUGGGUUAACCCACCCAGAAAACACUAUAGUAUAUGAAAGUUUAUGGGUAGUUCCAAAAAAUCAAGCAGCAGACUUUAUCCAAAUACUUUGUAGUUAAUAAAAAAAAAUAAAAAGUAUGAAGCUGGUCCUUCUGCCUGCGCCCCUCGGCUGCUCAAAAGGUUAAAAGCUGGUGGCUCAAAUUAACUAUUGACCCAAAUUUUGUAUAGAGAUCCUUCAGCAGGAAAUAAUUUGCUAAGCAAAAUACGCAGGAUACCAGUCUUGGAUGAUACAUGUUACAUGGAGUGUUGUCCGGUAUCCGCACUUGCCCAACUCAACAUACACAUGAACUAACAAACCUGUGAAAGUUUAAGCUCAAUCCGUCUUUAAAGUCAUAAGAAAAUAGUUGAGGUCCACAUUUCAUGUUAUCAUUGUUUAGAUGUUGGCCACGCGAGAUCAAAACGUUUUGGACUCCCGAGAAAAUAGCAUUCCUGGGCAGGUGUAUUUCAAGUGAAGUUUUCAACCAUGACCAUAUCCAAGUCUGUGAACAUUAAUAUUGUAAUUUUACCAAUGUUGUAUCCGACCUGUAAUUGACCAGAAGUGCCCCCUAGAAUGGUGCACCCCUUGUAUUCUCCACCCUAAAAUUUGAGCCUAGUUUCAGCGAAGAUUGGAACUUUUCCAAGUGUGAUUGAUGUGAAUUGUAAAUUCCUGUUUUUAAUUUUGGAUAAUUUGGUCAUGAAAUAAAACAAAUUUUUGUUAAUUUAUUACAGAAAUAAACUGAGUUUUGAGGCUUAAAACUGUCGUGUUGUUGAGAGAAAUGAUUGUGCUCAAAGGCUCUCCAAACUUUUGGAAAAAGACGGGGACCAAUUCAGGCAUAGAAAAAUGUUUGUUUUUUUUUACAUGCCUUUUUAACAGAAUAUUUGUGUACAUGCAACAACAAUGCAAAAUAUUUGAAUUUCUUUGUUAUCUAGUGUGUCUUGAUAAUCUCAUCAUUGUGGAUUGCUUGAUUUUGUUUUUUAAGAAGAUUGCAUUUGAAACUGGUGUUUAAAUUCUGUCGGGGUUGGCCUGCUGCCGAGUGCAUAAUUUUUCCCAGGAAAAUUGCAUUAUGUGUGAAAGGAACUACGCUGGCAGUUGGGUUAUUGUUCCCAAGGAACUUCUGGGGUUUUAAUUCCUGGGAAUAGGCUCUGUGGUGUGUAGAGGGGCCAUAAUAAUCAGAGUUACUGGGUUGUGUGAGACUGAGGAAGGGUCCAAGUAGGCUGGUAUUAAUCACUCAAUGAAGUUGGGGUUUAUGGAGCGGCCGAGAUUCUAUUUGAAUUGUGUUCACAAACGUGCAAUUUCUAAAUCGACUACUGAGGCUUGUUUCUUGUUGGCUGCAUAUAUUUAUAAUGUUUACCAGAACUGGAUGAAUAAAGUAUUUGAAAUGUUUGACAUUCAUGACAUCUACUUUAACCUUUGACAAAGACUCUCCUUUGGUCAAAAUAUAAGCCACUACAAUGUUUUUGUAGUUUUUCUACUCUCCUUUUUGAAGAGAUGGUACAUUUUAAAACCAAAUUUGAAAACAUAAUCAAGUGUUUAACAGUUAAUUUACCGAUUCUGUCGUCAAACUUUCCCAGUAGAAUUUUGGUCAUCCAAACCUUUUGAAUUGCUCUACAACCAACAGCAUAAGUAAAUCUUCUGUCUGGGUACCAUUAAUUACUAGUUAGUUGAACACUAGCAGUAGGAAUUGAGUUCCCUGCAUUCAGCGAUGCAUCCUUAGCCGUGGAAUGCAUUUUGAACACCAGGUAACAUCUUUGAAUAAUUGUAUCGUUCUAUUAAUAUUGUACAUUCCUGUGAUUUUAUUUUUUCAAGCCUUAUUCUCAAGGAUUUGUCAAAUGCAAAAUGGAAGAAAGGGUUUAAUCUGUGGUUUUAAAAUA